AUGAAUGAAACAGCUGUCGUCAUCUCGGGUGAAAACAUUGAGUCCCGUGACAUCGUAUUGAAGAGGCGCAACGAUGGCCAAUUGCAACGUGUGCACGAGACCCAUCGUUCAUACGAUUCAUUACAAUACCCACUCAUGUUCUGCUAUGGAGAGGACGGAUAUCAUUUUCAAAUAAGAAUGAUCAAUUCAUUGACAGGCGAAGAAACAAACAAAAAGGUCAGCUCUAUGAACUUCUACGCGUACCGUUUUAUGAUUAGGCAAGAUGCUGAUAAUCAUUUACUGCGGUAUCGGCGUUUAUUUCAACAAUUUGCCGUCGACAUGUAUGUCAAAAUCGAGACAGAACGUUUGAACUUUAUCCGGUUCAAUCAGGCUAAACUACGGUCUGAGGAGUACGUUCAUUUAAGAGAUGCCGUAAGUUCGGAAGGAAAUGUCAACAAUAUUGGUCGAUUGACAAUUCUUCCAUCUACAUAUGUUGGAAGUCCACGGCAUAUGCAAAAAUAUUCCCAAGAUGCCAUGACGUAUGUCAGGUAUUACGGCCGCCCGGACCUUUUCAUAACGUUAACAUGCAACCCGAAGUGGACGGAAAUAACUCAGCAGUUGAAACCCGGUCAAACGGCAAGCGAUAGGCACGACAUAACCGCACGGGUAUUCCGGCAGAAGCAAAAAAGUCUUAUGGAUUUCAUAGUUAAGCAGAGCGUGUUCGGUGAAGUAAGGUGCUGGAUGUACUCCAUCGAAUGGCAGAAACGAGAGAUUCCUGAUGCAGCUAUUGAUUCGGAACUAUUUGAAAUUGUUAAAACACAUAUGGUUCACGGUCCUUGCGGUCAACACAAUUCGGGAUCGCCGUGUAUGGUUGGAGAGAAGUGUAAAAAACGAUAUCCACGUCCAUUGCUCGCGGAAACUAUUUCCGGAAACGAUGGAUAUCCCUUAUACCGGCGUCGUUCGCCCGAGGACAAUGGCAAAUCCCUUACAAUGAAGGUACAAGGAAUUGACGUUGUGGUUGACAAUAGCUGGAUUGUACCCUAUUCACCGUUGCUUUCUAAAGCCUUCAAAAGUCAUUGCAAUGUUGAAUUAUGUAACUCAAUCAAAUCGAUUAAGUAUGUUUGCAAAUACGUGAAUAAGGGCAGCGACAUGGCAGUUUUUGGAAUUGCUGCUCCAGAUGCCAGCGACGAAGUGACACAAUACCAAAUGGGCCGUUACGUAAGUUGUAAUGAAGCGAUUUGGAGGAUCUUCGCAUUCCCGAUUCAUGAACGUCACCCGACUGUCGUCCAUUUAGCUGUCCAUUUAGAAAAUGGACAACGUGUAUAUUUCACGGAAACAAAUGCAGCUAGAAGAGCAGAACGAGCCCCAAACACGACAUUGACAAGUUAUUUUACCAUCUGCCAGAACGAUCCAUUCGCCAGAACGCUUCUAUACUCCGAAGUGCCACGCUACUAUACUUGGAAUAAGUCGUCGAGAAACUUCCAGCGCAGAAAGCAAGGACAAGUAGUUGCAGGAUAUGCCGACGUCUUUUCCACCGACGCACUUGGGCGAAUGUAUACUGUACAUCCAAAAAACGAUGAGUGCUUUUACCUAAGAUUGCUUUUGGUCAAUGUUUGUGGUCCAACAUCGUUUGAAUCGCUUCGGACUGUGGAUGGUAUGCUAUGUGCGACAUAUCGAGAAGCCUGUCAUCGGUUGCAACUGAUUGAAGACGACAGUCAUUGGGAUUUAGCGCUUGCCGACGCGGUUCUUACUGCACCAGCGAAUCAAAUACGCACGCUGUUUGCGAUUAUUAUUUCUACAUGCUUCCCUUCAAACCCUGUCGAAUUAUGGAACAAAUUCAAGGACGAUAUGGCCGACGAUAUUUUGUAUCGAUUUCGUACGGUAAAUCACGAACAGGAAAUGAACGAUGAAAUUGGCAGUUUGUUGAGCAAACUGGGGAUGCCGGCUCCCAAUCGAACAAUGCAUGAUGCAUUCAAUCGUGAGAUUGAGCGCGAGCGAGCAUAUGAACAAGACGCGCUAGCCCAAGUAGUCCAAACGAAUAUUCCUUUGUUGAAUCACCAGCAGAAGGACGUAUACGAUACAUUGAUGAGAGCGAUUGAUGACGGCAAUGGUGGCAUUUUCUUCAUCGAUGCGCCUGGUGGAACUGGCAAAACCUUCCUUAUUUCAUUACUGUUGGCUUCAAUUCGUUCAAGACCUGACAUUGCCCUGGCGGUUGCCUCAUCGGGCAUUGCAGCCACAAUGUUGGAAGGUGGCCGAACUGCUCAUUCUGCAUUCAAAUUGCCAUUGAAUCUACAGAUGACCGAGGAACCAACAUGUAAUAUUUCGAAGAAUUCAUCAAUGGCAAAAUUGCUGCAGAGUUGCAAGAUUAUUAUCUGGGACGAAUGUACAAUGGCACAUAAAAGAGCAUUAGAGGCACUCGAUCGAACUAUGAAGAAUCUUCGAAAUCAUACAGGACAUUUUGGAGGCGCCAUGAUUCUACUAGCAGGAGAUUUUCGACAAACGCUUCCUGUCAUACCGCGGUCAACGGCAGCUGAUGAGAUAAAUGCUUGCCUUAAACUUUCGUAUUUGUGGCGUUACGUAACGACGCUGCGGUUAACGACAAAUAUGCGAGUUGCGCUUCAAAACGAUUCGUCCGCAGAAAUCUUUUCGAAACAAUUAUUGACUAUUGGCAAUGGAGAAGUACCAGUAGACGUUUCGACAGGAUUAAUUUCAUUCCCGCAAAGUUUUUGUUCUUUCGUAUCGACAAAAGAGGAACUCAUUGCAAAUGUGUUUCCGAAUAUCGUUCAAAACCAUGUGAACCAUGAUUGGCUAAGUUCACGUGCAAUCCUGGCAGCGAAAAAUAAGGAUGUCGACGAAUUGAAUUUUAUUAUCCAGAACACAGUUCCUGGAGAAUUGCAUUCGUACAAGUCAGUAGAUUGUAUGACCAAUCCAGAAGAAGCUACGAACUACCCAACCGAGUUCUUAAAUUCUUUAGAUCUUCCAGGAAUGCCGCCGCACUAUUUACGCAUAAAAGUUGGGAGUGUUAUAAUUAUGCUCCGUAACCUUAACCAACCCAAAUUGUGUAACGGGACAAG